CGGCACUAUCGGAUCCCGUUAACGGCAGUCGCCGUCGAGACACCCGCUAUAACGUCUCUCGCAUCUCCGCGACACACACAUAAUACACACAUAAUACACACUUAAUAUACACACGCAACAUUAAAGCUCGGUGGUGUGUCAUUAUUUCCUUUUGUUUUUUUCUUCUUCAUCGGCGUUGGAUUUGGAGCGUUGGAUUUGGAGAGUUGGAUUUGGAGCGUCCUGCAAUCCUUGCGAUCGACGUGCAAUAGGAGAUUAACCCUUUGUGCUCGUUCGAGAACAAUCAUUGCAAACUAAUUGCGAUUAGAUCAAGUUUCCAGGAUGAAAUAUUGGAACGUGUUUCUUCUUCUCGUAUUCGAGGAAAGAUACGACCUAUUUUGAAGUUUCGUGCAACGAAGAUCAUUUUUAACGGAUCGGUGCCUCAACUAUAGAUACUUUUCUUUCAUUCAAAGUUACUUGGUUGGAUAUAGCAAGGAAUCCUCCGCGAGGUACGCGGAUGUUGGGUGUAGCGAGGAGAAGAAAAAAGUUUCCAUAAGUAUAAGGGAAACAAGAAAGAGUGAAUCAUCAGGAUGAUGGAAGUGCAGCAACAACACUCGCCUGUUGGGGUGGGUCCGUUGGAUUUUUCGCGUAGAGGUGUAGCCGAAACGUCAGCUUUUCGGGUCGUCAAACCGAAACAACCGACUUCAUCGUUGGUACAUCAACAGGCUGUGUCACAGGAAACUAAUAACAACGAAAAUCUUCAAGAAAAUUCGCAAGUUUCGCUCGAAUCCGAAGGUGGAUGCAACGUACGUUUAAUGUUCCCAAGACUAUGGGCACCAUUUGGAAAUACAACUGAGGUUACGAAUCUUCCACCGCUACCGAAAAGUCACUCAGAACGAUUGUCCUUUGGCGUUGGUCGUCUGGUAGGUUCACCGGCGACAACGAGCCCCUCGCCGUCGCAUUCGCCGUGCCCAGAGUCCCCCUCUCCAGCACUCGAUCGUCGAGACUGCACCGAGAUAGACGUCGACGUAGAGGAGGAAGAAGUCGACGUGGACGUGGAAGAGGUUGGCGAGGAGGACGACCGAACCCAUCGUUCUUCGUCGACGCCAUCGCCUACCGGGACGAUAACCUCGGCGACGUCUCACUCGCAUCCGCCUAAAAGAUCGGCCGAUACGUUCAGCGUGUCGGCGCUUCUGAGGCCCGACCCACCCUCGGCUCACCUUCAAAAUGCUUCUCCUCCCAUUGGCGGGGGAGCUCAUCCGGCAACACCGAGCUCCUCCAUACUCUAUCCACCUCUUCAUCUUCAGGGUGGCCUUCUGCCACCUCAUCCUCACCAUCCUCUCUCUUACCUUCAUCCUCAAUUGUUGCCCCAUCAUCUUUUGCCGCCCCACUUGCACCCGCUGUUACGCGGCGUCCAUCCUGGACACCCGGCUCUGCACUCAACUCACACGGCACACGGGCUGCAUCAUCCCCAUCCGCUCGCAGACGUUUACAGCUGCGUCAAGUGCGACAAGAUGUUUAGCACGCCUCACGGCCUCGAGGUGCACGCGAGAAGAUCUCACAACGGGAAGAGACCGUUCGCUUGCGAACUCUGCAACAAAACCUUUGGCCACGAGAUAAGUUUGACGCAACACAGGGCAGUACAUUCCGCUGAAAAGGUCUUCGAAUGUAAGCAGUGCGGAAAAGCGUUCAAACGAUCGAGCACCCUGAGCACGCACUUGCUGAUACACUCCGAUACCAGGCCGUAUCCGUGUCAAUUUUGUGGAAAACGUUUCCAUCAGAAGAGCGACAUGAAGAAACAUACUUACAUACACACAGGUGAAAAGCCGCACAAAUGUCAAGUAUGCGGCAAGGCCUUCUCGCAGAGUAGCAAUCUGAUAACGCACUCGAGGAAACACACGGGAUUCAAGCCAUUCGCAUGCGAACUCUGCGGACGAGCUUUCCAAAGGAAGGUCGAUCUAAGGAGGCAUCGCGAAACUCAGCACGCCGAUUUAGGGACGUCGUCAUCGUCGUCGUCGUCGUCGCAUCGACCAGCACCCGGAAUCACCACGAUUUCAUCGCAGAAUUCUUUGCCAAGUGGAAAUGUGUCGAUAAUGCAAUGAAGAGGUGCCCAUGGAUGGAAAAAUGCUAAUCGCCGGAAGAGUGCAAUCGAAGGACAAAGAUCCGAAGGAGGACACGGGAACAAAGAAAUUUAGGGUGUUUGGAUCGUCGUCAAAGUCCAAAUCGAAUUGUAUUUUUGUUUCUUUUUCUUCUUAUUCCAUUUCGACUAGCAAAACAAACUUCUUUUCUCGCUUUUUCUUAGAUAUCGUAAACGGAUUCUCUGAUAUCGGCGACGUUUCUUCGAAUGGCCAAAGUCGUUGGAUCAUUAAAACUAUAAAUAAUAGGGAAAGGAGAAAAGAAAGAGAGAAGAAAUGUAAAAUAACGUUGUUCUACUAAAUUAUUAUAUCUAUCGUUUGUGAAUAUAAACCUUAUACGCGCGAGGUGGGGGUUUAUUAUCAUAGAUACGUAGAGACAUUUUAACGUCCUCGUUCUUUGCUCGUUGGUCGAUUUUCAUCGAAAAAUUGAUGAAGUUUGUUAGCGAAUAAGAGACGAACGCACAUCGACGCACACUUUGCAUAUCUCUUUCGCGAAGAGGAAAGACGACUCGUCGGGACUCCAUUUCUGGACAAAGUCCUCUGGAUCGCAACUGUGACCAAACUUGUAAAUAGCACCGUAGACCGUAUCUCUUUUUGUUAGUCUAAUUGUAAGCGUUUACUCGCGCGUGCUUGCGCACGCAUUACUACAUACAUAUGAAUGUGGAUAUAAAAUGACUCGAACCUAUAAAUAUAAAUAGAGAAACCGUCAACGUUGCACCGAUCCGGUGGCGGUAUUUCUUCGCACUAAAUUUCCCUUCAAAUUCCCCCUCGAAUUCCCCUCAAAUUCCCCUCAAAUUCCCCUCCUCGAUGAGACCAACUCUCAAUAUUGUAUUAUGUAUAUUCGAUUCUUUCUCCUUCCUCUUUUCCUUAUCAAAGUUUUUAUUGUUGUACCAUUGAUAUCAUUAUGUAAUUAUUGUAAUUAGAACUCGCUGCUAUUAUUAUUAUUAUUA